CGGGAGUUUUGCAGAAAGGGGAGCGCGCGCGGCGGGGCAGGGCGGGCGGCGGCGCGAGGCCGGGGCACGGGCAGAGCGCGGCGCCGAGCGCACGAGCCCAGCCGCGCCCCAGCCGUGCCCGGCCCGGCCGCAGCGGGCCGCCGGGGCUGCGGGCAGCAGGCAGCAGCAAGCCCCCGCCGGUCGCCCUGCGGGCUCCGCCUUGCAGCGCGGCGGAGAGCUCGGCUCGCAGCAGGGGCAAGGUGCGGCGGCGGUGGGAGGGGGCGGCGGAGCGGCUUUGUUGGCUCGGAGGGGAGCGGCGCGGCGGGAAGAGCGGCGCUUCGGCGAGAGCCCACCAUGGUGCAGCAAGCGGAAAGUACGGAGGCGGAGAGCAACCUGCCCCGGGAAGCGAUGGACACAGAAGAGGGCGAGUUCAUGGCUUGCAGCCCGGUCGCUUUGGACGAGAGCGAUCCGGACUGGUGCAAAACGGCGUCAGGGCACAUAAAGAGACCGAUGAACGCGUUCAUGGUGUGGUCUAAGAUCGAGAGGAGAAAAAUCAUGGAGCAGUCCCCGGACAUGCACAACGCGGAGAUCUCCAAGCGCCUGGGCAAGCGGUGGAAAAUGCUGAAGGACAGCGAGAAGAUCCCUUUCAUCCGGGAGGCGGAGAGGCUGCGGCUCAAGCACAUGGCCGAUUACCCCGACUACAAAUACCGGCCCAGGAAAAAGCCCAAAAUGGACCCGUCGGCCAAGCCCAACGCCAGCCAAAGUCCGGAGAAAAACGCACCCACCAGCAGCGGCGGCAGCAAAAGCGCCAAGAGCUCCAGCAAGAAGUGUAGCAAGCUGAAAGCCUCCUCCGCCUCCUCGCCCCCCAAGCCGGGAGCCAAAGCCGCCCACCACGGGGACUACGCGGGGGACGAGUACGUCUUCGGCACCCUGAAAGUGAGCAGCAAGACGGUCAAGUGCGUCUUCAUGGACGAGGAGGAGGAUGAGGAGGAGGACGAGGACGAGCUGCAGCUGCGGAUCAAGCAGGAGGCGGAGGAGGAGGAGGAGGACGAGGAGCCGGGGCCGCAGCAGCUGCGGCGGUACAACGUGGCCAAAGUGCCGGCGAGUCCCACCUUGAGCUCCUCGGCGGAGUCCACCGAGGGGGCGAGCCUCUACGAGGAGGUGCGGGGCGGCGCCGCGGCGGCGGGCGGCGGCAGCAGACUCUACUACAGCUUCAAGAACAUCACCAAGCAGGGCCCGCCGCCGCCGCAGCAACCGCCCGGUCUCUCCCCGGCCUCCUCCCGGUCCAUCUCCACCUCGUCGGCCGGCAGCGAGGAGGCGGACGACCUGCUCUUCGACCUCAGCCUCAACUUCUCCCAGCACGGCCACGCCGCCGCCGAGCUGGGGGCGGGCGCCGCCGCCGGCAACCUCUCCCUCUCGCUGGUGGACAAGGACCUGGACUCCUUCAGCGAGGGCAGCCUCGGCUCCCACUUCGAGUUCCCCGACUACUGCACCCCGGAGCUGAGCGAGAUGAUCGCGGGCGACUGGCUGGAGGCGAACUUCUCCGACCUGGUGUUCACGUACUGAGCGGGGGCGGCGGAGCGGCGAGGGCGGGCGGCGAGGCAGCGGCGGAGCUGGAGCGACGCGACGCCGGUGGUGAUGAUGAUGAUGAUGCUGAUGAUGAUGCUGAUGAUUAAAAAAAAAAAGUCUUGUUUUCUUUUAAAAAAAAAAAUCUCGAAGUUAGUUCCGAGCCCGGGAGUUGUGAUUUUAAUUUUUUUAUUAUUUUUGUGUUUUUUUAAUUUUUAUUGCAUUUGGUGAUCACAACAACAACAGCAAAGGCAAAUGGGACUGGGGGAAAAAAUGAUACAGAAGGCGCUGUUUGAAGCUUGUCGGUCUCUGAUUGAAGUCUGGAAGAUGGUCUGCAAAGAAGUCUUUUGGCAGCACAACUGUUACUCAAGGGGGUUUGUGGAUUUUUUUUUUCCCGUGAGAGAUCUUAAAGAACUGUUCUGAUUUUUUUUUUUUCCGAAAGGGACCAUUGCAACUUUUUUUGGAGGGAGAAAACUGAUGUCUUCUAUGCAUCCGAUUCUUAACAAAGCUGCAGGGAGCUUGAAAAAAUGCAGACUGUACAAACGCUUACAAAUAACUGAACUGACUUAAGAUCAGAGUUUACUUUUCAGAUCAAAUUGUUUAUGGUUUUACAAAUGUGAUUUCUACUUGCCAACUUUUUUUUUUGUAACUUGUUCCCUUAUACCUCCUUGAUUGAAUACCAGACAGCCUAGACCUCAGUACAAAAAGGUAUUGAAACAUUUUUGAUACAUAACAGACCUCAGUCUUUUUUAAAAAUUAAUAUAUUUUCAGGCGUAUUUUUGUACAGUGAAAAGGGAACAUUCUUGCUGUGUUUUUUCAGUAAGACUUUUCAGGCACUUCUUCCCUUUUAUUUUCUUUUUUUUCUCUGUUUUUAGCAUGCAAGUUUGUUGGUACGUUACGUCCUGGUUUUAAAAGGAUUAAAAUUUUAAAAAAAAUAAUCCUUGCAUCUAAAGGCCUUGUGGUUUUAAAAAAAAAAAGAAACAAA